CAGCCUCGCACCGCAUCAGUUGCGUGUAAGCGCUACACUCAGCUAUACUAGACAAGAGUGGUGUACAUUACAUCAUUAUUACGCUAAAAUUCUGUUCCCGCUUGACUUCUAUUUUCAAAUUUUAGAUAUCACACUGGCUCUACACUGUUCCUUUGAGACGGUGUAGCAUAAAAUUUGCACCGUAGGAAACACGGUACACCGAAUGAAUUCGCUUGCUACCAGCCAUGGAAACAUGUCUGGUACACUGUCUGAAUGAUGCACUAGUGGACGAUAGUGCAGCCAAGAGAAAACACUAUAAUGCGCGUUGUUUGGUUUCCACUAAGCUCUUUUACGUGACUGACGCUUGGAUAAUGAUAUGCGUCACAGUAAGCAACUCCCACUUCCAUUUAUCUUUUCGUAUAUAAGAAGCUAUUAUCGGGGCAUCGUUGGCCAGAAACUGGUCUCUCAAUCACGACAGAUUUUGGAGAAUCAAAAUAUAUACAUAUAACUUGUAAUAAUGGCAACGGCGAAAUUCAAGGACACAUCUCCCUACGUCAAACCGAAGCCUUCGCCACCUGAGGAUGAUUACCUGUAUAAGAAAUAUUUAGAACACUUAACCCUGAAAACGGAGAAGGAACCGAUAGUUAAAGUGGCUUUGUUCGGCGUGGGUCAUGCCGGGACGAUACAUUUAAAGACUAUGAUUUCUAGUAGACGUGUCCAAAUUUUAUACAUUGUUGAGGAUGUCGAGAGUAAAUGGCAAAGUAUUCAAAAAUAUUGGCAUCUGGACAACGUUACCUUUCUAAGUAGCAAGCAGUGUGACAAAGUAUUCAAAGAUUCCAAUGUCGACGCGAUUUUCGUGACAACGCCGACUAUCACACAUAAAGAUAUAGUUAUUAAAGCUCUGCAAGCAAAGAAGGCAGUCUUCUGUGAGAAACCCAUAGCAGAGGAUCGUCCAAGCACCGUCAAAUGCUACGAGAUGGCCAAAAAAGUCGGCAAGCCACUAUUUACCGCGUUCAAUCGGCGAUUUGAUCCGAGUUAUUGGAAUUUGAAAGAACGAGUUCACAAAGGGGAGGUCGGACAUGUCCACAUGAUUAAAAAAGUCGCUCAUGACUCUCCUUUGCUCUCUCUAGAGUAUUUGAAAGUAUCUGGCGGUAUCUUCUACGAUUGCCUGGUCCACGAUAUCGACUUGAUUGUUUGGGUUCUCGGAGAAUACCCAGAUAAGGUUUCGGUCCUAGCUCAUGCAAAUAUCCCAGAAAUUAAAGCCAUUGGAGACUUCGACACGGUUGCAGUGAACUUCCAUUUUCCUUCAGGAACACUUGGCAUGAUCGAUUUAUCGCGCAACAGCCCAUACGGAUAUGAUCAACGACUGGAAGUCUUCGGUCCGAAGGGUAUGUUGCAAGCCGACGACAGACAGUUUCAUUCUGUUCAUGCAUAUAACGAACUACAAGGAAUUACCACCGCCCCGAUCUGGUACUCAUGGCCUAGUCGUUUUAUGAACGCCUACAUAAGAGAAUUUGAUCACUUCCUCGAUGUAGUACAUGGUAAGGUUGAAUCGGAGGUCAAAUCGAAAGACAUUCUAGCGGUGAGUAAAAUCGCUACGGCCUGUGAAGAAUCCGCUCGCUUGGGGAAAGUCGUGGAACUCAUAUGGACAAAAGACGAGUUGGGGGAUAACUUAUGAGGAAACAGCCAAAUUUGAGUAAAACUACAACAAAACUAUUAUUACAUCCGUAUAAUAUUAUU